UCACACACAUCCCGAAUUAUUUCCAAGUUAGUAGUUAGUCGGUUCAGAAGCAGGGCAAAAUACAGAAUCGUCGGUUGUUUAGUCUCUCGGGCCAAUUAAGUCAAUUAGUCGGCAUCAAUUAACUAAUUAAGAUCGGCCGUCCACGUCCAGCGGGGUGACAGCAUGGAAUUUUUGCAUUUUUCGGGACAAAUGAGCGAACAGAAGUUCAACGGAAGUGCGAACGGGGACAAAAAAAGAAAAUCUUAUACUUUUGAAACAGAGUAUGGGAUUCCCGUGCGACAGAGGAGCCAGGCGAAUGCUAGAGAGAGGGAUAGGACACACAGUGUGAACAUAGCUUUUUCAACAUUACGAACUCUGAUACCAACAGAACCAAAGGAUAGAAAAUUAAGUAAAAUCGAAACUCUUCGACUGGCAUCUAGUUAUAUUUCACAUUUAGGCACACAACUAAUGGCAGGGCCAAUAGAUCAACCUUGUUUACGAUUUCUAAAAGAAGAUAGCAGUAAUACUUUAAACAGACAUCAAGUGUGUACAUUUUGUAUAGCGCACAAAAAAUCAAAUAGGGCUGUUCGUACAGAAGAAUUUGAAUGUGCUAAUUUCGAAGGGCAGUAUUUCCUAACGCCCGUUACUUCUCCCACUGGCCGAACAACUGUAAUAAAUGCAGAAGAAUUAACAACUAUUUAUUAUUCAUAAUUCGAUUUAAAUAUUGUACAUAUAUGAAGACAAUGGCAUUUUCCAAAGAUUUUUUUAUACUUAAUAGCAAGAAGUAUUUUGCGACCUGCAAUAACUUUGAUAAGAAAAUGUAGAUAUUUAAGUAGGUACACCUAAUAAAUUAUUUUUUUUUUCU